CUGUCUCACCUCUAAUGCACAUGUGUUUUGGAACGCAGUAACUACGAAAGUUCUCAAUUUUAUUUUGAAGAAACACCAAAUCUUGCAGCCUAAAAAUGGUGAAAGGGAAAAAGCCAUAUAUUGACCGGAAAAAGGCUGUCACAUUUCACUUGGUGCAUCGCAGUCAGCACGAUCCCUUGGUGACCGAUGAAACUGCUCCACAGCGUGUGCUUUUGGAGGCGAGUGCAAGGCAGUCGCAAUCAAAGCCACAGGAUGAAGCAACCGUGGAUCCAGAGAAACGGCGAGAGGAGCUGAAAAAGUUUGGUAUUCACUUUGAUGACGACUACGAUUACCUGCAGCAUCUGAAGAAGCGAGAAAAUGAUGUGGUUUGGGAGUAUAUGGAGAAUCCCAAUCAAGCAAAGAAGACGAAUGCUGAGGAUGCUAAAGCGCAGACCAAACUCCUGCUGCCCAGCUCCGUAUUUGCUAGUGAAUUUGAGGAGUCUGAAGGCAUGUUAAACAAAGCAGCUCCUCAGCCCGGUCCGCGACCAGAUUGGGAUCCUGAUGUUGUUGCAGCACUCGACAGCGAUUUCGAAGACACUGAAGAGUUGGAAGACGAUUUCGUAAUGAAAGCGAUGGGCAGCGGUGAUGAAGACGAAGAGGGAGACGACGAAGAUUGGGAAGACGAGGACGAGGAGAAUGAUAUGGACUUUGAUUCAGAUAAUUUAAAUGAAGAUGAGAACGCAGACGAGAUGAUGGACCGCCUUGGUCCACUGAUGCGCAAAAGUCGUUUUGAUGAUGAGGAAACCAAGUCGCGCUUCACAGAAUACUCAAUGUCGUCGAGUGUAAUUCGUAGAAACGAGCAACUCUCACUGCUCGACGAUCGUUUCGAGCAGUUCUAUGCAAGCUACGACGAUCCUGAGCUCGGAGAUCUCGCUUUAGAAGACAUUGAGGGUCAAUGGCAUCAGAAGCAUCCCGUUGUAAUGCAAUGUUUCCAGGAAUUCAAGAAGAAAAACGAAGACUUGAAAUAUGACAAAGAAUGGGAUCGCGAGCGCAUUAAGAAAUACGAAAAUGUUGUUGACGGCGAACAUGAUCCAACCGACGAGCUGGUCGAUUACGAAGUCGAAGACGGCAAAGAGAAGAAAUGGGACUGUGAAUCCAUACUCUCCACAUAUUCUAAUAUUUAUAACCAUCCAAAACUAAUCGAUGAGCCUCGCGCCAAUCGACGUGCGGCACCCAUUAAGAUCGAUCCCAAAACAGGUCUUCCAGCAAACGUGCUGCGUGGCGGCACCGAUGCCCAGCUCACAGCUAAGGCGUUGGCCAAUUUGGCCGAUGAUUCAGCAGAUAAUGCUGGUCCGAAAUCUCUGUGUGCCAAAUCGGUGCUAUCCACACUCAGCGUCCUCUCCAUACGCCCCAAGGACGAGACUCCCGAGGAGAAGCGCGAACGCAAACGUUUGCUUAAGGAUUACCGCAGCGAACGCCGCAUCGAGAAGAAGGCCAACGCCGAGGCCUUCAAGGAGGAGAAGAAACGGCAGACACAUGUGAAAAUCAACCAGCGCACGAACCAGCAGGGCUCGACAAUUGUUUAGGCUGCCUUCAUUAAAUAGUUUUUAGUAAGAAUAUUUGUUAAUACUGGAAAUGCUAGUUGUAAUUU